AUGUUAUUUGGGCUUACGAAUGCCCCAGCAGCUUUCAUGGACUUGAUGAAUGGCAUUUUCAAGCCAUCUUUAGACUCCUUCGUCAUAGUGUUUAUUGAUGAUAUCUUGGUUUAUUCCAAGAAUAGAGAGGAGCAUGAGCAUUAUUUGAGGAUUGUCAUUGGCUUGUUGAGAGAGAAAGAGCUUUUUGCCAAGUUUUCAAAGUGCGAGUUCUGGCUUAAUUCUGUGGCGUUCUUGGGCCACGUCAUGUCAAAGGAAGGGAUCAUGGUUGAUCCCAAGAAGAUCGAGGCUGUUAGAGAUUGGGCGAGACUCACUACCGUGAUCGAAAUUCGUAGCUUCAUGGAUCCAGGCAGAGUUUUAGCAUGUGUUGAGGUGAGGUUUUCACUCUUAGAGCAGAUUAGGGCCCAACAGUUUGAGGAUGCUGAAUUAUGUAAAAUUCGUGAUAAGGUUUUGAGAGGUGAGGCCAGGGAGGCUAUGCUUGAUAGUGAGGGGAUUCUGAGGAUCAAGGGACGUGUGUGUAUUCCUCAUGUGGGUGUUCUGAUUCGAUUGAUAUUGGAGGAGGCUCAUAGCUCCAGGUAUUCUAUUUAUCUAGGGGCGAUGAAGAUGUACCGUGAUUUGAGGCAGCACUACUGGUGGGGUCAGAUAAAGAGAGAUAUUGCAGAUUUUGUUGCUAAGUGUGGGAACAGUCAGUAA